UGGUUGUUGAUAUUUUAAGCGGUUAAAAAUCUUUAAUCAUGGACGAAACAGAUGUAAUGGAAGUGGAUAAUAUGGAAUGUGAUGUAUGCGGGGAGCGCACAUUCCAGGAACGUGAAGGAUUUUACUACUGUAUUGAGUGCGGCACCAAAAAAGAGCAGAUACGUGCAGUGGAGAUUAGCGCCGAGGACACAUUCAACGACACUACUAAACAUAGUACACAGCGUACCAUAAAGAAGCCUAAAAUUAAGACAGAGGAAAACGAUAUAACUUCAUGGGAAUUUUACAAUUAUGUGCUACGCGGUUUUCUACAGGAGCUGCUACAAAUGGGCGCCAAGCCAGAACUCAAGCUUAUGACUCUCCAAGUAUGGGCUGCCUAUAUGAGCCGCAUGGAAGUGGCAUUCUGCAAAAGCAACGAGCUGGGUCUGCCAAAACUGAGCGUGCGUGCAUUGGCAAGAGACGCAAGGAUUAUAUACAAUCACAAGCAAAGCAAACGAAAGCGCGAGCGGUCGGAUAGGAAAUUCCAACAACCUGGAGAUGAGCGUGCCAACUGGCGUGAAUGGCGUAAGACCAAGCGCAAAUUGGAUGAAUCAGGCUAUAGUGGCAAGGACGGCGAGCUAUCCGAGUCCACGCUUCAUGCCAGCCAAAGCUUAAAGCUACAAUGGUCAAGAAACGCGCGGAAAUCCUUGAAAGAGCAUAUGCCUCUCAAACAUCUCGAUGAGCAUAGCUUGGACAGCAGUGGCAGCAUGCUCUGCCACAAGCUUCGUCCGACGGCCGGCUCACUAACAAGCUUUGAUCGCCACAUCUAUUGUCUGAACAUUACCAAGCUUUAUGUGGUGCUUGCCAUAGCGCUGAACCAGGUAGAGGAUAAUAUACAGCUGUGUGAUCUGCUGCGUCUUAUAGACGAGGAUCAUUUAACCAGUCGUAAUAUGCUGGGCUAUCUGCCCGAGAACGUGGCUGCCCAAGGCAAAACGCUGCUGAAACAGCUUGAAUUUGGUCAUCAAAAGGACAAGUGUCGAUAUAAGUUCAUAAGACAUCACAUAGCGCAGAUGUCACGUUUCAUAGACAUGAAUGGUUACCAACAGCCAGAUUUGGAGGGGCUGACCCAACGCUAUGUGUUGGAGUUGAAUUUACCACCGCAGCUGACGAGCUAUGUUAAGAGUUUGAUGGAUGUACUGCCACCUAAAUUUGCGCCAAUUCAUGGCGAGCAUAUAUAUCCACGCUAUGAGGCCAGAGUCAUGGCUUACAUUAUCUAUGUGCUUAAACUUUUAUUUGGACUUGAUGAUGUUAAGGAGCGCCAGAUCUCUGAUUCUGCGAAAACGAUUAAUAAGCAGUUAUCCCAGAUUGACGCACAGCAGCCGCUGCUCUUUGUCUACACCGAUUGGAUGCAGUUUGUAGAGCUACGCAAGGUGCUUGUUUCGCAUUAUAGCGAGAGUUUUGCACGCCGCUUUGGCCAGAGCACGCAACUGGGGCGCAAGGUGGAUGACUUUUUGAUAAAGGAACGCAAGCAGCAAGAACAGGACUUUUGCAUUAAUGAUCUGACACCAACCAUGCAACGUACGCGAGAGAACAUUGCGAUUCUCUUUGAAACACUGCUGAAGCAGCAGUUUGGACAGUCCAGCGCUGAUAGCCUGGCCAAGGAUCAUAUUGAAUUCCAGCCCAGCCUAACGCCGGCGCACAGCUAUUUUAAACGUCUCCUGCUGCUGGCAGGGGAGAGUGAGUUAAGCGUUCACAUACCAAGCUGUAUGCUUGUGGAUCACACGGAGCGGCAGCUAGAUCCCUUCAAGCAACCAAGUAGCCUGCUCGCAGACUACUUUGCCCAACAUGACAUAAGCCUGCGCGUAGAGGAGCUAGCCUGCCGCGAGGACAUACAGUCUGUGGGCAUCUUUCAAGCGAUUUCACGAUUACCGCAACGCCACAAGGAAUACCGUGCAAACUGCGAUAUCAAGACACAAACGUGGAUCGAAGAGUUACGUCGUCGAGAGAAGCGACCAGAUUUUGUAUUUCGCGAACCAGUGGCCAACUAUGGCAGACAGUAUCAGAGAAUAAUACAUGAACGAGCAAUGCGUCGUGAGCAGCUGGAGAGAGGCAAUCCCUUUAGCGAAUUUAAGGCCACUCCAAAAUAUUUGCUACAGAUGCAUAACAAGGAGGUGCCACUAGAUGAACUGGCUUCUAUACAAGCAUUCGAUGAGUGCAAUAUGGAUCCGUUGAACGUGCCGCUCGAGCUACCGCGACGUCAGCUAGAAGAUUCAACUGCAGAAACAGUGGAGCCUAAACUGGAGUAUCUCAGUGGACAAAGCGAAGCGUCAACGUCACAGUCACAGUCAGAGGAAUUGGUCUUGAAGAUCUCAAACUUUGAUUGCUGGCUGCUUCAUGGGUAUCUAACUCGCAUGACUGAGUCGGAUAAGCGAAAAGUACGGACGCUUUUUCCAUGUUCAUUUCGUUGGCUGCUGGACACAUGCGCUGCCACAAUUGGUGUGGAAUGGACCGUGCUCUAUGAACAGUUACUGGUGAUAGAGGUUAUGUUCCAUCAUGGCAUUGAGGAUUGGAGCAAUCAUAAGAAUCAUCUGCGGCUUAAAUAUAAUAUUAUGAAUAAGGACAUGAAUCUAUUGACCAAAGCCUUUCGGGAUAUGUGGUAAAUGUAUUAUAUGUAAAAAUUGUAACUAAGUCACUAAAUGUAAAGCGCUGUUCAUUAAAUUAUUUCAUGCCAGCCACUAAACAAUGUAGGCUGAAACACUCAGCAUCAGCCAAACAUCUCGACCUGCAAAUUAGCGUUUAUCAGAAGACGACGAAGACCGAGACACACACACUCACACACAUAUGUACAUAUAUACAUAAGCAGACACAUUCAUAUGUACAUGCAUAACUUUGUUUACAUUUUACAAAAGUCUUGAAAAGCAAAAUGAGCACGAAACUUACAGAGAGUGCGGCGCGAGCGCAAAUUACUUGCGUGGGCUGCAGCAAAAGUUUCCUGAGUGAUCUUGAGCUUUUAUAGAUAAUAUUUCUAGAAAUAUAUUUUACACUUUUGAUUCCUUUUAAAUUUGCAUUUCAA